AUGUCCCAAAGGUAUUCCCUGUUUAGGACUCAUUGCACCAUUAACGGGAAGAUUUGUGAACUUCUUAUUGACAGUGGUUGCACUGAAAAUAUAACUUCACGCUCAGCCGUCCAAGCCUUACAACUGCAGACAAUGAAAAAUCCUAGCCCGUAUAAGAUUAGUUGGGUAAAACGUGGUGUUGAGAUCAUGGUGGCGGACAUGUGCAGAGUAACCUUCUCCAUUGGCAAAAAUUACAUAUGCGAAGUGAGUUGCGAUUUUGUCGACAUGGAUGCAUGUCAUCUUAUUUUGGGUCGACCUUGGCAAUUUGAUGCGGGCAUCACUCAUGAUGGUAGGACGAAUACGUAUUCCCUAGAAUGGAAGGGACGCAAGUUGUGGUUGCUGCCUCACUCCCCACAAGCUGUAGUGAAGACUGACAAGGGCAAACAAGCAGUAUACAUAAUCUCUAAUAAGGCCUUAUUACAGUCAUGUGGACAAAAUCCUAUUGUCUAUGCUCUAGUUGCCUCCGACUUGAGCGAAGUUGCUGCUCAACCGAAUCUCCAAAAAAUUGUGCAAGACUUAUUGCUGGAAUUUGCUGAUAUUGCACCACCUGAUCUCCCUUGCCAAUUGCCACAUCUGCGGUCAGUUCAACAUCAAAUAGACUUCACUCCGGGUGCAACCAUUCCUCAUUUACCCCACUACAAAAUGAGCCCCCAUGAGCAUACUAUUUUGCAGGACAUUGUCGACGAGCUGCUCCAAAAACAGCUCAUACAACACAGUCUUAGCCCGUGUGCGGUGCCAGCUUUAUUUAUACCCAAGAAAGAUGGAAAAUGA